AUGCCCGAUAACACCGAAAAGGUGGUGUAUAUAUCCAUUGAAGACUGUCCCAAUAUUCAACUGCAUCAGACGUACCCUGCUCAUCAAGGUCUCUUCCCCUUCCCCUCCAUCAGAAUUCGAUCAUCGCCUUACGCCCGGACGUUGAACGGGCAAAACGCCUCUCCCAUACGCCUCGUGGCCUCCUCUUCGUUCCACGCCGGCGCCGGAUGUAUUCGUCCAAUGGCAUCAUUACGUCUCAACCUGACGUUGGCCGCCACCGGAGCUGUUCAUCGCACCGUCGCCACUGGUCAAAUCAGAUCUUCAAAUGAACCCCCAUUCACUCUGAUAUUGAAUCAUCCGCCUCUGACAGACAUCAUGGCAACCACGCCAUCCAUCGACGAUCAUCCCCGCAAGACCAAUGAUGGACUGCAACCCGCGCCAUCCUACCUCACCUCGAGAGAGCCGGAAAAUCGGUUCCGAUCUUGUCAACGUCUGAGCGCCGACUUGGGAGGGCAACACUGCAGCCGUGGCAGUGUCAGGAGCAUGUCAAGAAAGCACGCCAGCCACCUUCUCGGACGCCUGAACGCCAACUUGCAUCUCGGAUUCGGGUUUUUUGAUGGGCGAUUUGACGAGACUCUGCCGAGACAACGAGAAAAAAGAAACGUCAGCAACGAGAGAAACCCGAACAGAUACGUGAAUUUCGAUCUACAUCAAGCAUCACAAACAUUCACUUCCGCCAUUGAUGAUCCAGAACCUGCAUUAGCCCUCCCACCCACGAUUCACUGCCGGUACCAACACAGCUCACCAGAGAACCACCACUGCAACCCAUCUUUCGGCUUCCACCCGCUAUCAAAACACCGAGAAACAAAGACUGAAUCCUACCUUACGCACUUAAUGCAAGGCACGCCGCGGGAAAAAAAAACCAUCGAAAUACACCGCAGACCGCAGGCGUUCAUUUCUUUCCCUUGUGCCCUCCCCCUCCUGCUGCAUAUCGGUGCCCGCGCCGCAGCCAAGAACCCUCAUCUACUCCUAACCCCCAACGUACGCAUGCGCGCCCGCGCCCGCGAGCCGCGAGCCCCAUCCGCACGGGCGUGGUGGCGGGGGAAACCAGAAGAAAAAAUGAAAGCCACAAUCGCAAAAGGUAAGCCCAGGGCAUCAAGACAUGGCACCGGCACACGUCCACCACGUCAACUCGUGCCGUCCUGCCGCCGUCGCAUCCACCCAAAAGACGCAAGAACUCUUUUUGCCCUUCUCCUUGCCAAGGAUGUAAAAAAGAAUGAGGGUAGCCGGCCAAACGUUCGCAAUCGCCCUCCCACCACCCGGAAAGCUCGAAAGCUCUCCCCCCCAAUCCACUGCAACCCUAUCAAAACGGGGUUCGGCGGGUGGGCAGGGGAGUAUCCCGUGCAGUACGUCCGCACAGUUUGCGGCUCUCUGUCAGACUGUCCCCCUUCAGACUUUCAGAGUUGGCCCAUUGAUCCCUCCAACUGGGGCGGAGGGUCACACAGAAAUGAAAGGAUUGAGAAGGAAGAUAAUACCCUGACGCAACGACAAUCAAAUCCCAUCGGCGCCAAGUUUACCAACGCUCUCAACGGCCACGACUCCAUCCCCGAACACACGCCAGCACCUCCUCAAUGCCUGACCAUGCUUUGCCGUCGCGGCGUUGCGUUUUUUGCCUCCCUCCUCCCCAUCGCCAUUGGAGUAUCCAUACUGGCCAAAAAAGCCUGGGCCAGACAAGAUCCAAAAAUGACCCGGAUCCUCUAUCCCCUCCUCUCUCUCUCCACCCCCACCCAACCAGCAUGGUGGAAUGAUGAUGCCGGGAAUGAUGGGACCUCUCAGCCCCCAAAAAUCAAGACCCGACUCAUGAGCUUUGCUGAUCCGUCCAUCCGAAGACUGCGUACGCUCGGAUUCGUCAUGCGGUCAUGGGAAUAUGGCCUCGGCCCAAAGCAGGGACCCGCGAGUGUGGCUGGGGAGAAAACCGGAUUGAGUCGCUUCCAACGCUCGAUGCUUAUGCCUAGCACCUGA